AUGCUCCCUUCUGCAGACCAGAUUCACUCGUGGGCGAAAGCUCACGCGUCUUCUAGCGGGUUACCAGACCAGACUCCCUCCCAACAGGCCGCCGACCCUGUUAAUACCGAAAAACCUCCCCAACAUGGACAAGUGAAUGUGCAGGUGGAGGACCCUACUCCAGGGUCCGUCUCGGAAACCAACUCAAAGCCGGGUCUUCUGAUCCGUAUGCGAAAUGGCUCCGGCCGCUUCUACCGCCAUACUACGGAGGCUAUCUGCCACAGCUGGAUUAAUGUCCUGCUGAUAUUCGUACCGGUGGGUAUCGCCUGCGAGGCCGCGGGUCUCGACCCAGCCAUAAUCUUCGCGAUGAAUGCAGUGGCUAUCAUUCCCCUGGCUGGACUGCUCAGUCAUGCCACGGAGAGUGUUGCCAGUCGCCUUGGUGACACCAUUGGAGCUUUGAUCAACGUCACUUUUGGAAAUGCAGUCGAAUUGAUCAUCUUCAUCAUCGCUCUGGUCAAGAAUGAGAUUCGCAUCGUUCAAGCUUCUCUUCUCGGCUCAAUUCUUGCCAAUCUGCUGUUGAUCAUGGGCAUGGCUUUCCUCGCUGGUGGUCUUCGCUUUCGAGAACAGAUUUACAAUAGUACCGUCACUCAGAUGAGUGCUUGUCUACUUAGUUUGAGUGUGGUCAGUCUUCUCUUGCCGACUGCUUUCCACGCCUCGUGGUCAGAUGGCUCUAAUGCCGAUCGCGAGACGCUCAAAGUCAGCCGCGGUACCAGUGUUGUUCUUCUGCUGGUGUAUAUUCUCUACAUCAUCUUCCAGCUGAGAACACACUCGUAUCUCUACGCCAGUAUCCCCCAAGCCAUCAUCGACGAGGAAUCCAAACCUGGCGUCUUGGCAGAAUUUAUGAACAGCUCUUCGGACUCUUCGUCUAGGUCCAGCGAUGAGUCGGAUGACACUACGGCUUCCUGGACUACUGCCAAACGGAUCAAAAGAGCAAUGAAGUAUCGCAGGCGCCGAAAGUCAAGUACAAGUUCGAAAGGGACCACAUCUCGUAGCUCCUUCCAGAAAAAGGCUAUGGCAUCGGCCUCCAACGAGAAUCAGGGUUCCGUCGCCAAUUCCGUUGCCAGCCAUGAACACGCCAUUGAACUUAGUGACGAAAUACGUUACGAUGCUGACGAUGAUGUUCACCUCUCUUCCGCAAUCCGUUCUCGCGACUUCGGUUUGGCCCUGGGUCGUAUGGACAGCAGAGCGAGUCACAAGUCGAAGAAACGGGAUCACAAGCGGGGCAAGGCCCAGAAAGCAGAGAAAAAGGCUCAGAUUGUGGAGCCCGAGGAUAGCGGCCCCUCGUCCGGUCAAGCUGGCUGUGAAGGCGCACGGGAUGAUCCUCCGAAACGACGUUCUCCUUUCGGACCCAUUCCGUCUCUACUUUCCAACACGGUUUUCAGCUCCCAGUCACCAGCGGUUUCACCACGUAUAGGGACAACUGCCUCACGCCCGGGAAUUUCUCGCAGCAACUCGCUCCCCGCACGCAUCAGUCGUCCUCCGCCGGCCGGAAACGCAGUGCAGUUUGCUCGUGGUGCUUCUCGUUUAACUGGACAGAAUGAUGUAGGUCCGGAGACAGCUUCUCAAGCCCCGGAGCCCACGAUGUCACGUACCGCUGCUGUUGUCAUGCUCCUGCUGUCCACUGCUUUGGUCGCAGUCUGUGCUGAGUUCUUGGUUGACGCUAUUCCCGAGAUGAUUGCAAGCUCAGACGUCAGUGAAGCUUUCAUUGGUCUCAUUAUCUUGCCCAUUGUCGGCAAUGCAGCUGAGCACGUUACUGCCGUCAGUGUCGCCGCCAAGAACAAGAUGGACCUGUCGAUUGGUGUGUCCGUUGGCAGUAGUAUUCAAAUUGCUAUUUUCGUUACACCGCUGGUCGUCAUCCUGGGCUGGUGUAUGGACAAAGACAUGUCUCUGUAUUUUACACUCUUCGAGACUAUUUGUCUAUUUGUCACCACCUUCGUCGUCAACUUCCUCGUCUUGGACGGCCGAAGCAACUAUCUAGAGGGCGUCCUCCUAAUUGCAGCCUAUAUCAUCAUUGCCCUAUCUGCAUUCUUCUACCCGCGCAGUACGGAAUCAAGUGUUAUUGCAGGCUCAGGCGCAUAG